CUUGCAGAAACCACCUUUGUGCCUGUGUCCCCACGAAGCGGGCGGGCUGAGGUGGACGACGUCCUUGCCGCCAUCCGGCCAACCACCUGCCUGGUUUCCAUCAUGCUGGCCAAUAACGAGACUGGGGUCAUCAUGCCUGUCACGGAGCUGGGCCAGCACAUCCGUGCCCUCAAUCAGCGGAGAGCGGCGGAGGGGCUGCCCAGGAUCCUGGUGCACACGGACGCUGCGCAGAUGAUUGGCAAGGGGCGCGUGGACGUGCAGGAGCUGGGGGUGGACUACCUCACCAUCGUGGGACACAAGUUCUACGGCCCGCGGAUCGGCGCGCUGUAUGUGCGCGGCCCCGACACCACCACCCCGCUGCACCCCAUGCUCUUCGGAGGGGGACAGGAGAGGAGCUUCCGGCCGGGCACCGAGAACACCCCAAUGAUUGCCGGCCUCGGCCAGGCUGCAGAGUUAGUGAGCAAGAACUGGGAGGCCUACGAGGCUCAUAUGCGGGAUGUUCGGGAUUACCUGGAGGCCAGGCUGGAGGCCUCCUUUGGGAAGCAGAAGAUCCACUUCAACAGCCACUUUACGGGCUCCAAGCGACUCUGCAACACCUCUAACUUCUCCAUCCUGGGCCCAGGCCUUCAAGGGCGAAGGGUGCUGUCUUCCUGCAAGACGCUUCUCGCCAGCGUUGGGGCUGCCUGCCACUCUGAGAAAGGAGAUCGGCCCUCCUUGAUUCUGCUCAGCUGUGGGAUCCCCUACGACGUGGCACAGAAUGCCUUGCGGCUGAGCGUGGGGCGAGACACCACCCGGGCAGACGUGGACCUGGUUGUGCAGGACCUUGUGCAGGCUGUGGCGCAGCUGGACCAGGACCAAACCCUGUAGACCCCGGGAAUCGCUCCCCAGCCAUCACCCAGGUUCUCGGG